AGAAUUGUUAAAGACGUAACACUGAUUCAGCUAAGGCAGUCAAUAUGGCGAAAUUAGAGAAGUUGCCAACCAAUAACAACUGUGUUAUUGCAUCAUGUUCAGAAUCGGGCUGUAUACUGGCUGUAUGCCAUCAUUCGAUAUGCCUUGACUUAUGGGAAAAAACCAUCGAUAGUUAUAGAAAAAACAUCGAUAGUGGCGGAAAUUGGAAAACAUCGAUACUACCGAUUGUUUUCCAGCUAUAACUCAAACAGCUGAUUUAAUUUGUGAGGUGGGAAACGUCAAUAAAGUAUUUUCUAAAUUUUCAGGGUGAUCCUCAUAUUUCUUGUAAAUUUGCAUAAAAGGUGGUCAUAGUUAAUUAUUCAUAAAGAUGAUGUGACGAAUAAAAUUGGGAGAAUGCUCUUGAAGUUAUUAAUAUUCAUUGUGCUAGUAUUUUUACUGGCAUACUGGAUACUACCUAAAGGAAUCAGUUGGUAUUUAGUAAAAAAGUUUAGGGUAAAAGUGAGGAUAGGCGGCAUUAGCUUACGUUAUUUAGCUCUACGAAAUGUGCACGUUAGCAAAAGUGGAUUCAUGGUGCAAAUUGAAGAAAUUUGCCUACGUAGCAGCUUCUUUAACACAGAGGUGACAAAGUUGCUCUCUAUCUAUAUACGGGAUCUACGCAUAAAUAAAGAUAUCCAGAGCAACGAUGGGGCUUUGGGGACACUAGGCGAUUCUGAACGAACGCAAUUCAAAUCUCAACAGAAAGAGGAAAAAGAUGUGCCUGAUUUCCGGCGUGCCAAAGUUCCGCCAAGUAUUCUCACUUUUGCACAGUUUAUGGCCAUGCAUAUAAACAAUAUUUCUGUAGUUCUCAUGAAUAAUAACUUCGAUCCGGGAUGGUUUAUUCAUGCUACAGCUAGAGAACUGCAUCUAGAUGGAAGUAUAGUACAUAACGCCAAAACAUUAUUAGUUAACGCGGCCCUUAAUGAUGCCCAGGCGAAAAUGUUACGACACUGUCCAUCUCGCCGGCAAUCUUUGGAGAAUCUUAAUAAAAUUCGUCCUUGCUUAGGCGAAAUUAGUUUUGAUAUUGCUUUGGACGCCACAUUAUUUGCACAUGGACCUCUAUCCGUAGACAAACUUUCAUUAGCCAUGAACAAUGCGCGAUCUACAAUACAUGGCAGCCUAUACGAUUUCUUGAGCGAAGCAAAACAACGUACCAGGCCACAGCAAAAUUUGGAAAGCCAAGUAAGAAGUACAGCCAAUUCACUGACGCAGCGACGUAAAAGUUUCAGUAACGAAUCUUAUCAAAAGAUUGCGCCUAUAAUACCAAAGAAUUUUAAUUUUGUAAUUAAGGCAGCUACAUUUUCUGCGGUUAAAGAGAAUUCUCAAAAUGACUUCAGUGCAAAAAUACAGUUGUUCAGUAUUACCGGAAAAUUCAAUUCCAAAUCAUUGAAUGAGGAUGCAAAUCUCCCAACACUAUUUACCAAAGUCCUGCUACAACAUUUGGACAUUGACACCAAAUAUGAAAAGCUCCUUUUUAUUGAGCAAUUCACAAUUGAUUCAGUAUUGGAAAACGACAUCUUAAAUCUUUACGUCAAGCUUAAAACGUUCCAAAUAAUCUACAAUCACUGUGAAAUUUAUGAUUGGGUGCAUAAUAAUUUCUUGUCGCGCCAGCGUUCCAGCCCACAGCCCUUGCAGCUAAGUCAAAAACAACGUUCGUUGCCGGAUCACUUAGGCACAGAAACAUUUUAUGCUUUUCCUACCGAAAACGCUUUAGGAAGUGGCUUACUAGAGGGUAUAUUAAAACGUUCAGUAGUAAAAGGUUGCGCAGAAUUUUGGAAUGUAUCAAUUCUGAUGAAACUGGAUGAUGAAAACGCCGCCAUGAGUGUUAGUCAUACACGAUUUCUUUUGGAACAAACCGAAGAAAAACGUAGUUCUUCGUACGGAAAUAGAAUGUUGAAUUUGAUACUGAAUCAGCGCCAUUGGAGUACCGAAUUGAUGAUUGAGUCGCUUUGGUGGUCAUUGGGAAAUUCUAUAAAUGAUACUAAUAACUUAAAGAAAUCACAUUCUCCAGGCUCUCCAUUCUUUUUGGGACUGAGUUUAGUCAAACUGAGUUCGUAUGCUAGUGUCACAAAACUAGAGGUUUCCAUUCAUACAUUACGUACCGAAUAUAGUAUGAGUUUGGCUGAGUUUAUUGUGAAAUCAGUUAACUGUGUCAAACAAUAUGGAGGUCUAAAUUCUUCAACAGUUAGCGCUGGGAAACGACCAUUGCGGGGCCAAUUAGCCGGCACAAAUCAAAUAUCAAGUGGAUUACUGAUCUCUGCACGGAUUAAAGAUAUAACCGCCUAUUUUAUAAACCAUCACCAAGCUUGUUUGCUUUUAAGUUUCUCAGACAUAUCAUUAUCACGUAAGCAACAAGUAUCCAGCUUUAAAUUUGAAGAAUUUCAAAUGGCUAUUAUGCGCUCAAUGAAUUCUUCAUCUCUUUGUCUCAACGACUUCACCGACAUAUUCGCAAGCUGCAAAACCGUACGCAUUGAGCAUGAAAAAAAUGAAAACAAAAUUUCGGUAUACAUUCCUAGCAAUACAGAAGGCACGUGGAACUCUAAUUUGCACAUGCACAUAUUGACCUUGGCCAGAGAUAUGAGAGAUUUAUGCACUGAACUAGCUUUACCUCAGAACGAUCCUGAAAUGAAGUCUGAGCGUUUUAAACGACCUUGGAUUAUUGAACUAUCAGCUGAGUUGAGUACCGUUUUUGAAAUUAAGCUUUCUGAAAGGCACACAGUUCAGUGGUUUGUAGAGAACUUAUUCUUCAGUCACAAAGAAGGAAACUUCAUCUCGGCAGAAAAUAUUUUCAUUAAAAUAGAUGAUCAGCAUAUAUUUACACUGAAAGAUAUAGAUGUACAGUCACUGGCACGUUUGGAUAUGCUGACGCAAGAGCGUGUAAAUUGUGAUGGCUUUGCGCUGCUAACCAAUAAAGUUUGGGUUACCACAAUUGGGACAUUUAAGGCCAUCUUUCCUUACGACCAUGAUUUUUAUGAUGCUAUACAAAAUGAGUUUGUGUCGCAUUUCAAAUGGCUUAAAUUGGUACACAACUACAAAAAGAAAGCAUUUACUGCCAGCUCACCUUUGCCAAGUGAUAUGGUUAUACAAAUAAAAGAAUUUUUAUUGGAAAUCAGCGAUGAUCCCUUUGAAGUCAAGUUGCGUGAUAACUACGUUCUGCUUGUGGACGAAUAUUUAGAGGGUCUAAAACGCAAAGCAAUUUUCGAUAAAAAAAUUGCCGAGCGUUGCCUGGUUCCAGCAAGCACGAUUGAAAGUCUGUAUGCGAGUCUUGUUCAGAAAAACUCUGAGAUAUACAUUCAGCGCUCGAAAAAAAUUAGAGAAAGCGGGCCAGUCCGUACUAGGUUGCUGGCAUGGAUUAUGACAGACGUAGAAAUAAUGGCAAUGGCAGAUCCAUCGGUCCAUGGCGCUGAUAAUGUGACCCGUAUAAUGCGCGACAUUGACUGCGAAAGCCCUUGGCCGGAAGAAGGUCUGGAGUUCACUACACUUUGGUGUCGUAGCGUAAAUAUAAGCUGUACAGAAUGGAAAUUUAUGUUACGAGAUUUUCCACAGCCAAUGUUUUACGUUAAAUCUAUGCAUCUAUUUGGUAAUUUAUGCGGAGCUGAGCAAGCAGCAUCCAAACGGGCGAAACGAGAUGUUUUCAUUGAAGUUGGCGAGCCGUUUGGCACCGAUGUAGUCCAACGCAGCAUGCCAUCUUUAAAGUUUUACCAUGACUUCGAUUGCGAGUUGGAAUUUUGUAGCUACGCUUUUGGACCCUGUUGGGAACCGGUAAUGGCACAAUGCAAUCUUAGUUUUGAGAAAAUUUCUGCGCCAUCCAAAGAUCCCAGUCCACCACUGCCUUUCUGGGACAAAAUGCGCCUUCUCUUUCAUGGUCGGUUAACCAUGAUUGUUAAGCAAUUCACAGUUCUAUUGCACGCUUCGCUGGAUCCCUAUAAUACGACAGAAGAAAUGGAGUUGACAUGGAACAAUGCUGGCAUUGUGUGGACAAAUGCUAAAAUUAUGUUCAAAGGCGAAUUAAAUAUUACAGUACGUACCGCAUCGCGUUACGAUGAUUGCCGUCUAUUACACUUUCCUAACUUGAAAUUGACCUUUAAGCUGAAUUGGGUUUGUUUGGCGAAUCCAAACGAUCAUCACGCGGUUAUGCCUUGUGCGCCGGACAAGCUGCCAGAAUAUUCCAGCAACCAGGUUCAUGAUUCCUUCCGUGCCUUUCGUUCACUUAACUUGAAUAUUUGGAUUUCUUUUGAAACAAAACCGAAGCCUGGCGAGGAGGUGGAAAUCGACAUUCCCAGCUUGGUUCUAUACGGCAGCACCCUCCGCUGGUUCGAGAGCCUUAAGCUGAUUCUAUCAGGCGUUACCCGUCCAACCCGACGCGGGCCGGUAUUUAAUAAUGUGCGCCCCCGAAAAAAGCAACUCAGUCGACAUUACAAAAAAGCAAACUUGCAAAUGAGUUUGCAUCGUUUCCAAGUACUAUACUGGAUGUCUCAUGCCCUGCACAAGGGUUUCCAAUUGAACGGUGGGCGUGUUUCUUUUAGCUCGGAAUAUUGUUUAUCGUUAAAUCCCAUUGACGAUGGACUUAUUCAUAGACCGCGUGCUGAUUGGUCCACUGUGUAUAUGAAUUGCGAAUUAAACGAUGCUGAAAUAUGGUUGAAGAGUAUACUUACUGAGAAAUUAGAUAGCAGUUCAGAGAACCUAGCAAGUGUGGGGGAUGCCUUCAAAAUAGUGAGAUUCUACUUUUUAAGCGUGGCGAAAGUUUCAUAUGGUCGAGAGGCGCUCAUACAAACCGCAAACAGCCAAGAGGAGGAGACAAAAGCAAAAAAUACAACGCCCACGCAUAAACUGGUCGUUUACGACCUUAAGGGCGCAUGGACCAAAAAUAAUCGUGACGUUGCGUUUGCGCUCUUUGAUUCUUUCAUGAAGUCACAGAAGCUAAAGAACAAUUUGUCGACGGAAGCUGUAAAAAGCUAUCGCAAAGAGACCAAUUCCAAUGUUAUGAAAAACAAACGCAGCGAUAGUACAAUAACUCUCACAAAUAACCAAACCGAAGUACUACCUAUCACAAGUACCAACAGUGCAAUGAAGAAGGUGCAACCGGCCAGCCAUGCUACAGCGAUGUUGCAGCAAUUAAUAGCUGAAGCUGAUCACAAAUUCAAUGUUUAUAGCGAUGAUCAAAGUACACAGUCGCGGGAAUUGCAGCUACAGGGUUUGCAGGCCUGCUCAGCUCAGGAUGUGAUCCACGAAAAUUGGUCAAUAUCACUGGUCAAUUCUCAAGUGCUGCUUAAGGGAUGCGAGACGUCUGGCUACGUAAUCAUCAGUGCCGCCAAAGCGGAGAUUUUGCAACGCGUUCACCGCCCAGUCUGGCGCGAUAGGUCACUUGUGUCCAAAACGACUUGGAAGGGCCUGCUCGAAUGUAUGCAGUAUUAUGCCACAGUUAGCGCUGGAGAAGAUGACUCUCUACUUGAAAAGGAGAUCAUGUGGCUCACCGUGGACAACAUUCAGGAUAAAGACGAUACUGUUAUAAAUGAUUUGCCCGACAUUCCGCAUCUUGUGGGCAGUGGUCGUAGUGUGGGAGGUGUCGUAUCGGAGACGGUGGGCGCCUUGUCCAAUGAAAAUCCGGGCGAAACUCAACCUGUUCAGCUGCAGCGCAUAGUAUCACGAUGUAAAUGUGAAUUCUUCUACGUUAGCUACGGUGACACUAUCGAUCCAAAUACUAUAACCGAAGUUCCACCGCCACCAUCAGAGGAAACUCUAUCGCCGUGGGAAAAACAGGAUGAUCCAGUGGAUGCGUUCACUUUGAUGCAUCAUGAUUUGGACGUCUGCACGAACUCCUUGCAAUAUGCUAUGAUUCUAGAUAUCGUAAACAAUUUGUUACUGUACGUGGAACCACAACGCAAACAAGCGUUAGAGAAAUUGGCGCGUAUGCGCUUUCAAUUGCAGCUGCACUCGACGGAAGAUCAGAAGCGGCCGAUUCAGCAGAAGCAAACUAUGAUACGAAGCUUGCUGAUGAAAAUUCGUUCGCUGGAGAAAGACAUACAUCUGAUAGGCAAGGAUCGUGCAGAGGAGGGCGACACGCUGGAGUUGAGACAAGAAUUCGAACGCGUACAGCUGCAAAUUCGGGAGAGUAAAGAAGAAUUGAAUACACUAAGUGAGGAGCUUGAUAUGAUGUUACUUUGUUACAAGGAAACUCAGCUUUCUCAACUCAGCAAAAUAUCGAAUGUUCGAGCCGAUAAAUCCCUAACUAUAGUUCGUGCGAAUGAGAUUUGUUUUAAACGUGCUCAGUGGCGACUCACAGAAACUGAUGGCCAAAUCGGUAUAUCUGACUUGGUACUCAGCGGCUUUUUAUAUACUAAAAAAUCGAAAAGUGACGACUCCGUGGAGCAUUUGCUGGAAUUGGGAAAUAUUCGUAUGAGUAACUUGAUACCGCGUGAGAUUUACCGUGAGGUUCUCAUGCCAACAGAGAUCCAAAAAGAUAUGCCUAUAGACACACAUAAACGCGUGCUUCGUGUUUUUUGUCGUGAGAAACCUCCGGUAGGCGGAAUUUCAGUCAAGGAACAUUUUGAAAUUAAUGUGGCGCCAAUUACAAUCGCCAUAACUAAGAAAUUCUACAGCACAAUGUUGAAAUUCUGCUUUCCCGAUCGUGAUGCUUCCGAAACAGAGGCUGUAGAUGACAUUGAAGAGAAUUCGUCCAGUUCUUCAUCCUCGUCGGCAGCACAAACGAAAACUUCAAAGAAACCGUCGAAAACGAAAAAGAGUUCCAAGGAUUCCGAGUUCUAUGUAAAAAUCGAAAAGGAUGACGUGGAAAAGAUGAAAGAGCGUGCUGAGAAAAAUAAACUGUUUAUUUACAUAAAAAUACCGGAAGUGCCUGUUCGCGUAAGUUACAAAGGAAACAAAGAGAAAAACCUUGAGGAUAUCACAGACUUUUCGCUAGUUAUACCAACACUCGAGUACCACAAUGUUACGUGGACUUGGCUAGAUUUGCUGUUGGCCAUGAAAUCAGUCAGUCGACGGGUGAUUUUAUCACAAGCUAUAAAGCAGAAACUUCAAAUACACAGACGACAACCGGGAACAUCUACUGGCGAACGUUCGUCGCCUCAGGAAGAAGACAAAGCAAAAAUGUUAUUUGGAAAUCGCUUAUUGAGCGAAAAUCGAAGCCAAAGAAGAGGGGUUUUUAAAUUCACCUCGACUAACAAGUGAUACCAAGUGAUCAAAAGCUAUGAGACCCUAGUGUUGCACUGUUAUUAAUCCAUCUACAUACAUAUGUACACAAACGAUUAUGGUCUGGUUGGUUCCAUAAAUGAGUAUACCAUGCAGUAAAAUGCAACACUUCUAUUUAUUGUAGUUUUAAUUUCGUGAAUUUAGGUUGUUUUAACACAGAUACAAUUAAAAUUAAUUCGUUUUUCACAACACUGUAAUGCUAGUAGAACGAGUGUAUCAUAUUUUUUUAAACUACUAUACUAAUUGUAUUAGCACACUUUAUGCAACAUGUCAUAAAAAUACAUUUAAAAAAGAAAAAUAAAAAUAAAAGAUAAAAAAUAUGCUAUGCAGAAAUGUAAAAUAUACUGACACAUUAUGUCCAUUAAAUCGUAUCCUAGUAUGUAUUUAAUUUAACAUUUAAAGAGGCAUUAUAGUAAAAUUGCUUUAGAAUUAUCAAAUUUCAAUACUUUUAUAUUUUUUUACAAGAUUUUCUUUACAUAUUCCGUUCGCGAAUAUCAAA